AUGAAUAUAUUAAAUAAUGAAAUAUUUGAAAAUGUAACAACAUCCACUGCUAAUCCACCUCAUAAUGAAUUUCCAAUAUGGGCUGGUUAUGUAUCUGUAAUAAUAUCUGUUAUAUUUUUUGGUACAAAUUUUGUUCCAGCUGCUAAAUAUAAAAUAGGUGAUGGAGUUUCAUUUCAAUUUUUUUUAUGUUGUGGAAUUUGGGUAACGGGUGUUGUUGUUCAUAUUAUUGUUGGAAAUUAUUAUUUUUAUCCAUUAGUUAUUGUUGGUGGAGUUUUAUGGACAACAGGUAAUGUUCUUUCAGUAUUUGUUAUACCAAUCAAUGGUCUUGGUGUAUCAAUGUUAUUAUGGUGUACUUCAAAUUUAUUUAUAGGAUGGGCAAGUGGACAUUUUGGAUGGUUUGGUUUAAAAGCUGAAAAAGUUGAAAAACCAAUAUUAAAUUAUCUUGGUGUAGCCAUUGCUGUUAUUAGUGGUUUAAUAUUUCUUGCUAUUCGUAUUGGUAAAAAAGAAGAUGACGUAUUUUCAAUUGAUUCAUCUCAAUCUCCAAUAUUAAAUUCAUCAGUUGAAGAUAUUGAUAAUAGUAAUAAUCCAUCAAAUACAACUCUUCGAAUGCGUAUUAUUGGUUAUAUAUUAGCUAUUUUAAGUGGAGUAUUAUUUGGUCUUGUAUUUACUCCAUCAACAUAUAUACAAGAUCAUCAUGAUCAAUAUAAAAAUGCAACAAAAAAUGGUCUUGAUUAUAUAUUUUCAUUAUAUACAGGAAUAUUUUUUUCUUCAUUUAUCUAUUAUGCAAUAUAUAUUAUAAUGAAACGUAAUCGUCCAUAUAUUUGUGUUGAAAGUAUAUUUCCAGCAUUUUUAUCUGGUAUUAUGUGGGCAAUAGCAGAAGCAGGUUUUAUUGUUGCUAAUAGUGUAUUAAGUCAAGCUAUUUCAUUUCCAUUAAUAUCAAUUGGACCAGGAACAAUAGCUGCACUUUGGUCAAUAUUAUAUAUUAAAGAUAUAAGAGGUUCGAGAAAUUAUAUUAUUUUUUCAAUUGGAACAUUUAUUAGAAUAAUUGCUGCUGUUUUUAUUAUUUUAUCCAAACCUAUUCCAAAUUAA